AUGCCUCGAGGCAGUUUCUCCCUAAACCCUCUGUUGAAGGUCUCCAGGCCUGUAUCAGCUUGCUCGCGAUGCCGAGCAGCAAAAGUAAAGUGUGAUGGGAAGCUUCCUGCAUGCACAGCAUGUGAAAAGGCAGGCCGUGAAAACGAAUGUUCUGCCGCAAAUGAUCAGUUUGCCAGAGGCAAGGAACGAAGCUACGUGGCUGCCCUGGAGCUCCGUAUAGAGAAGCUUGAAAGGCGACUUCAGUAUGCUAAGACGCGCAAGGCUUCUCUUGCAUUUGACGAGCCUGAUAUGGCGAUCCUAGCCCAGCAGGUUGAUCGUCGUGACUCGUUAGCCAAGAUCAAAGCCGCCAUUCACCGCAAGGCUGCCAGAAGUCGAGAGAACUCUGAUGUUAACUCCAUUGUCUCCGACUUUGGUUUUUUGUCAGUCAGUGCGAACACUCGAGACUUCGAGGCAACUCCUGGCAACAUGACCUUUGCUAGGUUAGUUCUGACGGCCGCUACCAACGGCUCGUUGCCAGAGCCCAAUCCACAGUUCGUCUUGCCGCCGAGGCAAGCUGCCCACGCACUUGUCCAAUUCUACCUCGUCAACAUAUUUUCUCUCCUUCCAUUCUUCUCAGAAACAGCCCUGUUAAAUAUCCUAGACGAUAUUUACCAGCAAGAUGGGCGGUUCAUCAAAGACUCCGAUUAUUGGCUUUUUUACCUGGUCUUGGCCAUUGCUUCUGCUUCCCAGAGUAAAAGUAUCUACGACGAGCACUAUUCGAGUGGUCUAGGUUAUAUUUCAAAAGCCUUGGAAUUUGCAGAGAAUGCACUGGCUCCAGGCUUCGUUACUCAAAUACAGUCUUUGCUUCUACUAACCCAAUACUCGAUGCUUGACCCAGCGCACUUCGACAGCUGGCAUUUGAUCGGCUUCACCUCUCGGGCAGUUGUCGACUUGGGCCUUCAUCAAGACCCACCUGUAUCUUCAUUGAGCGACAAAGCUGCCCUGGACAUGCGCCGCAAGAUAUUCUACUCAGUGUACAGUCUCGAUCGUGCAAUAAGCAUGGUCCACGCUCGAACAUUCUCCUUUACUGACGAUGCCGCAAAUGUCGCGUUCCCCGCAACCUCUAUGAAGGACUCUUCGCAGGUGGCAAUUACAACGCCGCAAUCGUUUGACUCUGCACUGCUACUUUUUCAACUCCGACGCGCACAAUCCUUCUGGUACCAAGAGCUCUACCAAUCCCACUCAGGAACCCCACUGCAAGACCCUAUCGGAUAUGUCUGGCAAAUGUGCUUGGAAAUGCGCGAAUGGGGGGAGUCGUUACCCGCAACGCUCUCCCCAGCUAUCAGACAGAUGUUUGAGCAGGAACUUAGGUACAGUUAUGUGUACUGUAUCUCUCCUUCAGGGAGAGUCCCUCAGAUCAGCGACUACCACCGAACUAUUAUCUUUGAAUACUCGAUUGCCUACCUUGAUACCAUGCACGCCAUUGUGCAAAAUGGAUGGACAAGCGCCUUCUACACUUAUCACGAUGCUCUCAAAGUGUAUUUCAUGGCCACCCAGCUUCUUGCCGUUCUCUGGGCUGCCGAAAACAUGCUUCUGACUGGAGCGCAAGUGCCAGUGCCGCUACAACGUCCCGGAGGUCCCCCGCCUCCCCCGGUUCCAAGAUAUGCACUGAAUCACGGGAUGACUAGGCCAGAUAACCUUCGCAGGAGUCUGUACUGUCUAGAACGUGUGGGUCACACACUUGGAAAGUUUGGCGAAAGGUGGGAGGAGUCUGCAAUGCUGAAGCUUAGCUUUGAGGGAAUCUCAACAAAAACCAUCAAGCGACUUGCCAUGCAAAGGGAUUCACAGGAAGCUGUGCUUGAUCAACCUUCAAACCACUUCCAGACAAAUGGACAAAUACCAAUGACCGCACAAAAUCUGCAGCAGCAACCGCAGCAGUCGCAGCAGCAACAAGCGAGAGAGAUGAGGUGGGUUGGCGUGAAUGUGGCGCAGAUGAGAGGAAGACAGUGA